AUGCGGAGGAAAUACGCGCAGCCAGCACUCCCGACACUCUAUCUUCGCGACAAUAUUCUGUCCAUACCAGGAUAUACCUUCGAGAAGGCGCGUGCUAAUCCGCUCCUGCUCAGACUACCCUCGGUUGACAGCGAUAAACAGGCCGUACCAUGGGAGGACACGGGCAGCAUGACCGUGCUCGCGGAGGGCACGAGCUUGAAGGACGGCUCGAGUGUGCUCGCGAAGAUCGUACCCGCGCACUCGAACGCAUCAUUGUGUCUCGAGCGGGAAGUGCAUAUCCUGGAACGAAUGGCGACAACCCCGGAGUCGUCCAGCACCACUCUCCGGCUGAUCGACUUCUUCUCCAUCCCUCGGAGCAAUGGUGACUGUGUCGUGCUGCUCUUGAGUCACCCUGGCCUCAAUAUCCUGGGACGGUACUUUCCCUCACAUAAGGUCAACGAUCUGCUUCUAGGAGAUAUAUCGCGGACGCGUCCGCCGCCCUCGCACACAGACAUACUCAUGAUGGGCAUGGAGGAGCCAUAUACUGUCGAGGAGAUGGAGGCAAUCGAGAUCAUGGAUUUGGCAUCGUUCUUAGAGUUUGCUAUACAAGCUACGCACUGCUUAGAAAUGAUGCACAGGAAUGGACUGAUACACCGUGAAGUCCGUGCGAACGCGUUCCACCUCAAUGCACACAGCGGCUUGGUCCGGAUGGUGCACUUUGGGAACCGUGCUGUCUCGUUAGAGCAGUUCGGUGUCCCUUCUGCGUUCGUGCUCAGCGCCGACGCGUUCGAAGAGGCAAAGAAGUUGAAAGUAAAGGAAGCGCUGUGCUAUCUCGCCCCGGAGCAGACCGGUAGCAUGGAAGCCCUCAAUGAGGACCACAGGACAGAUCUCUACUCAUUAGGUAUAAUGUUUUGGACACUGCUGGUAGGUCGUGGCACGAUGCCAUUUGAGGGCGGCCCCCUGGAGCUCUUGCAUGCCGUCGUUCAAAAGAGACCGAUGCCGGUCCACGAAGUUCGCAGGGAUAUCCCGCAGGUAUUGGCACUCAUAAUUGACAAGUUGCUCUCGAAAAAUCCGGACAUGCGUUACCAGAGCGCUUAUGGCCUCAAGGCAGACCUACUGCAGUGCCAGCGAUUGCUCCUCCGUGCCGUAAUGGUCGUCUCGGACCAGUCAAUGGAGCUAAUUCCAUACUUCGACAUAGCUACCGACGACAGGUACAUGGAAUUCACUAUCCCGAGCCCUCUGUUCGGUCGGGAGAAGGAGCUUGAGACGAUCCGGAACAUCAUCCGGCACACAUCGACCUCGUACUCGCGCUAUAUCGGCGCCUCGCGGAACGCGAUCCUCGUCGGAAGCGACAGCGGCGGCACGACGAGUGUGCUAACGGAGGACCGUAGCGACUCGCGCUCGUCCCGGAGCGAGGGCUCGCCCACGCCGAUGUCCGCAAGCGACCCGAACAGCCCGAAGGUCGGGUCAAUCAGGGCGUCGGACACGUCGGGCACGCCAAUGAGCAUAAGCACUGGCGGUGUGACUGCCAGCGAUGGCUUGAGGAGGGUGGCGCUCGCCCCGUCGUCCGGUCGAGCGCGUACCCAUGCCGUCAUCAUUCUCGGUCCGCCAGGCGCCGGGAAGAGUUCGUUGGUGCUCGCGCACCAAGCUCGCUGGAGAUCGCAUGGCCUCUGGGGCCAAGCAAAGUUCUCUGACGUAGAGGCCGCGCCGUUCGCGUCCCUGCUCGCGUGCCUGUCGUCCGUCUUGCGCCAGCUAAUUGUGUUCCACACGGAUCUUCACAGCUUCGUGACUUCGCUCAAGAAGCAGCUGGGCCCGCAGCUCCGGAACGUGCCCCUGCUGUACGAGGGCGCGCCGGAGCUGCGGGACAUCCUUAGCUUGUUCGACAUCACAAUCGAGACACCGCCGGAGCCGCUGGAGGCGCACGAGCUCCGUGCGAGGUUUCAGAGCUUGUUUCAGAGCGUGUUUUCGGUGCUCGCGGAGACGCGACUGUUCGCGCUGUUCUUAGACGACUUGCAUGACGCGAGCGAAUCGUCACUUGAUCUAAUCAACGCGCUGGUGAAUUCGCGGACGCGCAUUCUUGUGUUCGCCACAGCUCGGUCAGACCAACCCGAGGCCGUAGAGAGGAUCCGAGCGACGUUCACGAGCAAGUCGACGACAUGGAUAAAUCUCGAACCACUCAGCUAUAGCUCAAUAGCAAACAUGGUUUCACGCACCCUGCACAGGCCGAAGGAUGAUUGCGCCAACCUGUCGAGGCUCGUACACGCCGCUUCGCUUGGCAAUGCCUUCUCUGCGCGGAACAUCCUGAUGACUUUGCAGCGACAGCAUCAUAUCACGUUCGUUUGGGAGAAGAACCACUGGGAAUAUGACAUCUCUGCGAUCGAGCCGAAUCUGCACGGCAACAAGAUGAUCGCAGAUCCCAGCGACUUGACGUUCUUACGGAACCAUUUCCGGGAGCUGCCCGAGGACGCCAAGAAGUUCCUUACAUGGGCUUCGUUCUUUGGCCCGACGUUCAAGGUAGCAGAGGUCGCGUUGCUCAUGGACUGGGAAGACUCGAGCGGGAGCAGCGGAAGCGAUGAGGAACAGGAAGAUAUGUGGAACGUCUCGAAGGCCGUAUCGAGGGUCUCGAGUCUGAACGAGGGUCAGUUGGGUCCUAGCGGUCGUGGGUCAAUGCGAGGAUUGCAGAUGGCGAUUGCGGAGGGGUGGCUCGUGCAGCGGGCGCGGGAUAUGUGCAGUUUCUCGCACGACCGAUAUCGACAGGCCACUCAAGCUGAGGCGGAACUGCUGCCUGCAGAAGUCAUCUCAAAGAUGUCGUUCAGAAUUAUUCUCAUGAUGUUGCACGAGUCUACGCCUGACGUUCAUCGUAUCACAGAACACGCGAAGAGGCACGUUCGCAUCUUUCCUUCUAGGGGCUUGGCUCACAUCGGACAUAGGUGUUUGCCCCUUCUGCGAGAGCACGCGAAGCGCGAUGAGCUCCUCCAGUUGUCCAUUGAUGCCGGCGACUCUGCUACGGCUCGUGGUGCUCAUGAGUUGGCCUUGCAAUCAUACAUCAAUGCCCAAUCGCUCUUGGAUGCUACGUCCUGGGCAUCCGAUCUUGACCGGACCACCUCGCUGAGCUUGAAGCUUGCUGAGCUGUACACAUGGAAAGGCGACUUCGCUACAUCGGACUAUCUCAUCACCGAGUGCUUGGACCGCGUUGAGGACCUCGAGAGCAAAGUCCGCAUGCUACGCAUUCGCUCGAAAAAUCACUGGAUGCGCGGAAACUACAAGGCUGCAUUAUCCGACACGUUGCAGGGUCUCCACUUUCUGGGUGUGGACGUCAAUUCCGCGCCAACUCGUCGAGAAGCGGAUCAGAUGUUCGAGCAGGUCAAGAACGAGAUUCUUGCUGUUGGUUUCGACGACAUCCUCGCUAUACCUCGCGCGAGAGAUUCUAGGACGGACCUAGCCAUUGCGUUGCUGAAUGACGCCGGUCAUAAUGCAUACUGGAGCUCUGGCGAGGGAUUUGCCGACAUCAUCGGCCUUACGCUGCUCACUGAAGUGCCGUCCAGAUCGGGCAUGUGCUCAGGGACUGCUCUCGGGUUCUUCUGGGCCCUUGGAGCGGCUGCUGAGCGGAGAGAACUGUAUCGAUUCUCCGCUGACUUGGGGAAACUAGCCCUGCGUAUUGCAGAUCAAUACGGAACCAGCUAUGAGAAGUGUCGUGCACUGGUGCUGUUCGCGUCCAUGGUGUCGGGGUUUGACAACGUGCAUAUUCGAGCCAACCUCACGCGUCUGGAAGAAGCUUUGAAGUAUGGCCAGAGCGCUGGUGACAAGAUAUAUACAAGCUUGGCGAGCAUUCAUCUCACCCAGACGAAGCUUUGGAUAUGUGAACAUGUCAGCGAAUUAGUGGUCAGGGCGGAAGAGUGCCUUGGCGACGUCUCGCAAUGGGCACCAAGUGGUGACAUGUCUAUCCUCGCACAAGGGGUUUUGAACUGUAUUCGUGCCAUCGGCGGUUAUACGUACGCUGAGUCUCCAGCCGCUGCGUUUGACACCGAAACGUUCAACGAAAGCGAAUACUUUGCCCGUGCUUCGGAAGCAUGUGGUACGCCUGAUGUGGCCUUGAGCUGGUACAUCGUCGUGGGGCUCUUCUGCCUGGGCUUUGCCAACGAAGCUGCUGCACUGGGUUUCUACGUCUACGAUAUGCGUGACAAACACCCAAAUCACAGACACACUCGUUAUUCCCUAUUUUUCCAUGCCAUGGCUAUGAUUCAAUGCAUUCGAGGUGGUGACCUAGAUUCGGAGACUCGUACCAAGUAUUUGAAGCAGAUCGAGCUUGAUCAGUCAUAUAUCAGAAAGUGGUUGUCGCCAAGCCCUGUCAACACCAGUGCAUGGAUAGCCCUCAUUGACGCGGAAAUGGCAUCGUUAAUCAACAGUCCCGAUGCCUUCAAGCUGUAUGACGUCGCGGUCAAACUUGCCGUUAACAACGACUGGUUGCUCGAGAGUGGCUGGGCCAUGUUUCUCGCGAGAAGCCAUUUCGUGCGUGCCGGCGUUGAAGGCUUGGGCGGCGAGCUUCAGCGACGAGGCAUUGCUCGUCAAGCACAGUGGGGUGCCCGCGGGAUAGUUAACUAUCUGUCGUCGUGUGUGGAUAGCCGGACUCAGUAUGCCCUCAAGCGGCAUGCUUUCACCUCCGAUGUAGCUGUCCAGACUGACAGUGCUAUCAUGACGUCCGACACUUCUCCAAGCACUUACGAGAGGAAAAUGGACCACUUCGAGGAGGACGAUCUCUCGUCUAUGAACGCUUCUGAUCUAGCAUCGAUCCUGAAAUGGAGCAAAGACAUCUCGAGUGAUAUCAACCUACCCAUGGCCCUUCAGCGACUCACAGAGAUUGCUACCGAGAACUCUGGUAGCCAAUACACCUGCGUAGUAAUCGCAAGGGAAGCGGGGGACUACACUGUUGCGACCAGUAUGACACCCCCAGAACCAUGUCAAGUCCAUGAGGAGUCAUUAUCUGUGCGCGAGAUCGCUGAUCCCCUCCGCAAGGUCAUCAUUCAACAUGCUCUCAACACCAAGGAGCGAGUGUAUUACGAAGACGUCUCCACCGAACCGCGCUUCUCAUCUGAGUCUCAACAAAGCCCGUAUCGUUCGGUCAUAUGCCUGCCUAUAUUCAGCAAUCGUGGGCAGACAUUCGGAGCGGUCUAUCUGGCCUCAAAAUACGCAUUCUCUCCGAACACGGUCACACUUUUGACGCUGCUGUGCCAACAAGCCAGUAUAGGUAUCUCAAAUGCACUGCUAUUCCGCUCGGUGCAAGCCGGUACGCGCGAGAACUUGAAGAUGAUCGCGGCACAAAGAGAUGCUCUAGAGGCUGCCAGGAAGAGUCGGGAGGAUGCGCUUAAAGCCACAAAGAUCAAGAGCAAUUUCCUGGCUUCCAUGAGCCACGAGCUGCGCACUCCUUUCAGCUCUUUCUACGGCUUACUCGACAUUCUGAGCGGUACAGAGCUAACACCAGGUCAGAGGGAGAUCGUACAAACCGCAAAACAGUCUUGCGAGUUGCUGUUGAAGAUUAUUGACUCCAUUCUGGACUAUAGCAAACUCGAGGCCUCAGCACUCAAGUUGGAAUAUUCCGGCUUCGCGGUCGAGAGUAUGGUAGCUGACUGUUUGGAGUUGCUCCUUCCAAUGGCGGCGAAGAAGCUAGACCUGUCGUACAACAUCGAGCCCGAUGUUCCUCCUUGGGUCGAGGCGGAUUACGCUCGCAUUCGUCAAGUUCUCAUGAACCUGAUCGGCAAUGCUGUCAAAUUCACAGCGAAAGGAUCCGUUCGUGUCAUUUGCUCUGUUGAUGACAGUGUCCCAGCGGUCAAGGGGGAGGUCAACCUGAAAUUCGUGAUACAGGACACAGGCAUCGGCUUGAGCUCAAGCGACGUUGAUCUCUUAUUUGUGCCAUUCCAACAAGCAGACAACUCGUCAACCAGACGAUUUGGAGGCACUGGGCUAGGCUUGUCCAUCUCACGGCAGCUAGUCAAGCUUAUGGGUGGCGCCAUCGGUGUCCAAUCGGAGCUGAGCGUUGGUUCUGUGUUCUGGUUCACCCUGCCCGUCAGGAUACAUGAAACCGAGGAAUCGCAACAGGCCUUGGCUGAGGUUUCACGCCUUCAAAAGCAGCUAUUAAGCGACCGUCCGCUGCGUGUUCUGCUCAGUUCUGCAUCCAGCGCAACUCAGGCUCUCCUGUGCACUAUGUUGAAGGGAUUCACUGUCUCGACCGUCUCAUCAACGCAGGAAGCAGAGGCAUACAUAUCCAAUGCCCAACCCCAAGACCCUGUGGACUUCGUCAUUUUGGAUGAUCAGUUGGAAACUCGCGUUGAUGACCUCACUCGAGUCUUACGGGCGUCGACCUUGCCAUCAUUGCAGGAGACAAAGAUUGUACACCUCUUCACCCCGACGACGGAUAAUCUUGCGGACCAUCCGAUUCUCAGACCUGGUGGCGAUGGGGCAACAGGCAUCAUUCGUGUCACCAAGCCACCUCGUCAAGCGCGGCUACUGCAGACUCUGGCUAGUCUCAAGAAUCUUCCUCUUCAGCCUCCCCUAGUGCCGGUGAUGAAUGAGUCUGCACUACGGGAGGAGGAAGCACUUGCGCGACAGACUUUGUAUGGCAACGUGCUCAUCGCCGAAGACAACCCCGUGGCGCAGAAGUUGCUCGUGACACAACUGAAGCGGUACCACCUGAAUGUAGUGGCCACGUCAAAUGGCGAAGAGGCCAUCACCGAGUGGGAGAAGCACGAGCCCGGUUAUUUCAGUGUCGCUCUCUUCGAUCACCAUAUGCCUAUAUGUGACGGCGUUGAGGCCUGUAAGCGGCUUCGCGUCACUGAGAACAAGCGAAAGGUUCCGAAACAGCUCCCAAUCAUUGCCCUUAGCGCAGACGCACAAGAGUCAACCAAGCAGCUGUGUCUCAGCUCUGGCAUGAACGGGUUCUUCACCAAACCGAUGAAGAGAGGUAAGCUCACGACGACCCUUGACGUGCUCUCGACUCACGAGUGA